AUGUGCGCCAACGACUUCUACGAAUUCCAAAAGCCUAACACCUCUUACACUGUCAUUCUUCCAACGACGUAUGCUCCACUAACACUUCCAACAAUCUCACACGGCUACCCAGCUUGGCUCGAUAGCGAAAGGGCCACAACAGCUUCUUCUAACACAGUGCCAGUCAGUAUUCCAAUGACGGUCCCACGGGCAUUCCCAGAAAAUGGAUCUUUCGGAUCGUUCGGCUCCUACGGAAAAGCUGGCCUUGCAUGCUAA